AUGGAGAAUUCACAAAGGCUCAUGUUUCUUUUUUUAGGGCUAUACAUUUUCUCAAUGCAGUGGUUACAGACCCAUCAGCAAGUCGACCUGGCCCUAAGAGGAAUUGCAACACAAUCUUCUACAUAUUACAUAUACAAUGCUUCCCGUGCCAUUGAUGGAAAAAAAACAUCUAACUUGACAUCGCGCUCAUGUACACACACCUAUCAUGAUUAUAAUCCAUGGUGGAGGGUCGAUUUGUUGGCAGUGUAUGACAUUAACAAAGUAAUCGUCACUAACCGAGGUGACUGCUGUCCAGAACGGAUAAAUGGUGCUGAAAUCCACAUUGGCAACUCCUUAAUCAACAAUGGCAAUAAUAACCCCAGAUGUGCCAUUAUCUCUAGCAUCCCUGCUGGUGCUUCUGCAAACUACACUUGCAAUAUGCAGGGUCGUUAUGUGAACAUCAUCCUUCCCGGCGUUACCCAGUACCUCACACUCUGUGAAGUUGAAGUCUAUGGUGUUCAAUCUUACACUUUAAAUUUAUUUCAAACCCCUGAUACUAAGAAGAAAUUUUUCCAAUUAAAGUUUAACAGCAGUGAGGAUCUUAGCAACCCUAUCAUGAGGGACAAAGUUCUCCAAAAGGUGUGUGUUUCAAAUGUGGCCUUAGGAUUAAUAGCGACACAAUCUUCUGUACACAAAUACUAUACUGCUUUAUUUGCUAUUGCAGCAAAGCAUCUAACAUCACCGUAUGUCACGUCACUUCACUUCACAAAUGCUGACAAUAGCCAAUACUGGAGUGUGGAUUUGUUGACGCUGUACGACGUUAGCAAAGUAAUCAUCACUAACAGAGGCGACUGCUGUGCAGAAUGGAUAGAUGGGCCUGAGAUAAACAUUGGCAACUCUUUAAUCAACAAUGGCAACAAUAACCCCAGAUGUGUUGUUAUCUCUAGCAUCCCUGCUGGUGCCUGUACAAACUACAUCUGCAAAAUGCAAGGUCAUUAUGUGAACUUCAUCAUCCCUGGAUCUAGCCACAUUCUCACACUCUGUGAAGCGGAAGUCUAUGGUGUUCAAGUCCCUGUUACUAAGAAGACAUUUCUCAGAUUAAAGUUUAAAAGCAGUGAGGAUCUCAGCAACCCUACCAUGAGGGAAGUUCUUUUGUAAUUUUGUAAGCGAUCUAGGAGAAUGUUGUGAUUUAAAGUGUCGAAUGCAGCACUAAGGUCAAGUAGAACUAAUAGUGACAUGCAGUCUUGGUCCAAAGCUAAGAAAAAGUCAUUUGAAACUUUAACAAGUGCAGUUUCUGUGCUAUGAUGGGGCCUGAAACCUGAAUGAAACUCUUCAAAGAUAUUGUUCUCCUGAAAGAAAGUGCACAGCUGAACAGACACAACCUUUUCUAGUGUUGUAGACAUAAAGGAAAGGUUUGAAUUAGGUCUGUAAUUUGA